AUUUAAAAGUCUUUAAAACAACCCCAGAACAAUAAACAAAAGCAAGUUACUAGACCAGUAGUAUGCAUUUUUUUGUAACCACCACUGGUACUUAAGUGGGAGCUCCAUCGCAACGGGGCAUGCAAACCAAACAUACUCUUUGGCUUGGAGCUCUUUGUAUCGAGUCACGGAGACUUCUUUCCAUCUCUAUAGACGCAAAUGAAACAUUAACGCGUGCGUAGUAUCUCCGCAAGCAUGGCGGUUCUUCUUGAAACAACAUUAGGUGAUAUCGUCAUUGACUUAUUUACAGAAGAAAGGCCUAAAACUUCCCUAAAUUUCUUGAAGUUAUGCAAAAUCAAAUUCUACAACUACUGCCUCAUUCACAAUGUCCAGAGAGACUUCAUUGUGCAGACUGGAGAUCCCACUGGGACUGGUCGUGGCGGUGAAUCUGUCUAUGGUAUACUCUACGGUGACCAGGCACGCUACUUUGAUGCAGAGAAAAACCCACGGAUCAAACACAGAAAGAAGGGAAUUGUAUCCAUGGUGAAUAAUGGCAGUGAUCAGCAUGGUUCUCAGUUCUUGAUCACAACUGGUGAAAACCUGGACUACCUGGAUGGAGUUCACACAGUUUUCGGAGAGGUGUCGGAGGGCAUGGACGUCUUGGCCAAGAUCAAUGAGACCUUUGUUGACAAGGACUUCAUCCCUUUUCAGGAUAUCAGGAUAAAUCACACUCUGAUCCUGGAAGACCCUUUUGAUGACCCUACAGACCUUCCAGUGCCUGAGCGCUCCCCUGAACCUACCAAGGAACAGCUGGAUAGUGGUCGUAUUGGAGCAGACGAAGUGAUCGACGACACAGUCGGGAAGAAGGCUGAGGAGCUGGAUGAGCUGCUGAAGGAGAAGGAGGCCAAGACCCAGGCCAUUCUACUGGAGAUGGUGGGUGAUCUCCCUGAUGCAGAAGUGAAACCUCCUGAGAAUGUGCUGUUUGUUUGUAAGCUGAACCCCGUUACCACAGAUGAGGACCUGGAAAUCAUAUUCUCCCGAUUUGGAUCCAUAAAAUGCUGUGAGAUCAUCAGAGACUGGAAGUCUGGAGAGUCCCUGUGUUAUGCUUUCAUUGAGUUUGAAAAGGAGGAGGACUGUGAAAAGGCCUUCUUUAAGAUGGACAACGUGCUCAUCGAUGAUAGACGCAUACACGUGGACUUCAGCCAGUCUGUCUCCAAGAUCAAAUGGAAAGGCAAAGGUGGAAAGUAUACAAAGGAUGACUUCAAGGCCUAUGAAAACCAUGUGGGAUCCAAAUUAGGUCUAAAGGAUAACAUCAAACCUAAGCAAGACUCCAAGUAUGACCUGCUACUGGAGGAAGAAGGUACUAGCCGUCAGCAUGCUGAGAAGAAACACAAAGACAAAAAACACUAUCACUCAGACGAAGAGGACACCAGGAAAUCCAAGAAAUCCAAGGGUGACGGUGAGGUUCCCAGACGGGAGAAGAAGGCGGAGCGUCAGCGUUCUCGCUCCCGGGAAAAAGACCGAGACGGCCGCCAUAAGCACAGCAGAUCCCGUGAAAAGCAUCGCCCAGAGGGCCGGGAGCGCAGCUACAGGGAGCGGAGUCACAGCCACUCACCCAGGAAGUCCAAAGACAAGGACAGGAGCAGACAUCGAUGAAGAGGGAGGGAACGGAACAGAGUUGAGGUCAGUUCCAUUUGAGCUCCCGUCAGUGACCAAAAUCCUCUUGGAAUAUAAAUGUCAGUUCAUAAAUUGACAUAUUUUAAAUGAAACUGGACUGCCCUGAUACCUUACCCUGUGGCCCAUUCCACACUACCAGAACACCGUUUGGGACUCCAGGGAUUCAUAGCAGACCCAGACCUCACUUCACAUGAACCUUUCAUUUUUCCUGGGAUGUUUAUGUUUAUUACCUGUAAAUAACACAGUUCAAUCACCAGAAACCACCGUUUAUUUUGAAUAAUAAAGAAUAAUACUUUUUCUUCAACAUGAGUGUAGGGCAACAUUCUUUGUGAGUCUAUAUAGUCAUUGUCCAAAUCCAUUUGUCUACACUCAUCACCUGUCAAGAAUGAAACCCAGACAGUCUGUAAGCUUGCUUAUUUGUCUUCCUUUUUGACUUAUCCCCGCCCCCUUCUCUGUUAAUCAAAGGCCGGGUGACAGAUUUUUUUCCCAUGUUUGUCUGUUUGACCUUUGCUUGUAGUAGUUACUGAUUUUUGUACUGUAAAUAAAUUUAGUGAGCAU